AUGAAGGCUAUUGUAAUAACCUCACCAGGUGGACCCGAAGUUCUUCAACUCCAAGAGGUUGAAGACCCUCAAAUCAAAGACGAUGAAGUCCUCAUCAAAGUCCAUGCCACUGCCCUUAACAGAGCUGAUACCCUUCAGAGGAAAGGUGGCUACCCUCCUCCUCAUGGUGCAAGCCCUUACCCAGGUCUUGAAUGUUCUGGAAUCAUUGAAUCCGUUGGCAAGAACGUUUCCAAGUGGAAAAUUGGUGAUCAGGUAUGUGCUCUUUUAUCUGGUGGUGGCUAUGCUGAGAAAGUAGCUGCUCCUGAAGGACAAGUUCUUCCUAUUCCGCCUGGGAUUUCUCUCAAGGAUGCAACUAGUUUUCCAGAGGUUGCGUGUACUGUGUGGUCGACUAUUUUUAUGAUGAGCCGGCUAUCUAAAGGGGAAACCUUGUUGAUUCAUGGAGGUUCAAGUGGAAUCGGCACCUUCGCAAUUCAGAUAGCUAAGUACAUAGGAGCGAAAGUAUUUGUUACUGCAGGUAGUGAAGAGAAGCUCACUUUUUGCAAGAGUAUUGGAGCUGAUGUUGGUAUCAAUUACAAAACAGAAGACUUUGUUGCAAGGGUGAAGGAAGAAACUGGUGGUCAAGGUGUCGAUGUUAUUCUUGAUUGUGUGGGAGCAUCCUACUUUCAAAGAAAUCUUGAUAGCUUAAAUUUCGAUGGAAGGCUUUUCAUUAUCGGCUUUCAAGGGGGUGUUACUACAGAGGUCGAUCUACGUCCUAUACUUGGCAAGCGUCUAACUGUACAAGGGGCUGGCUUGCGUAGUAGAAGUCCUGAAAGUAAAGCUGUGAUCAUUAGUGAGGUGGAGAAGAAUGUUUGGCCAGCAAUUGCAGAAGGAAAGGUUAAGCCUGUGAUCUAUAAAACUUUCCCUCUUUCUGAAGCUGCAGAGGCUCACCGGCUUAUGGAAAGCAGUCAACAUAUUGGAAAGAUAUUGCUCCUGCCAUGA